AUGAUCUCAAACGAAUCCGAGUUCGUUGGCUGGAUGCCCUCACCAGAUGGAAGAGGCACCUAUGAUAUAAUAUUUACAUGCCUGGUCACAACAUUUCUAUGCUGUUGGACUUCUGUGUACACCAACAUACCCGCACCAGGAGACAGUGUUUGGACUUCAAUUAGGGACAAACUUGGGCUUGCAUGUCUGGGAUUACUUGGUCCCGAAUUCAUUAUAGUCCAUUGGGCAAAAGUCUUCGGCAUGAAGAUCAGUUGUGCGGGACAUAAUCAUUGGACUAUCACUCAUGGGUUCUUCGCGGAUAUGGGUGGGUUUGUACUCAGAGCUGACGGUCUCUCACAACCAAUACCCCUCAACGCCGAACAGCUAUUUUAUCUAGUAGAUAAAAAAUAUGUGGAUUGUCCUGACAUAACUGCUGGAGAACUCAAAGAUAGGAAUAAGUCGGAUGGGUUAGCAAGGCUCAUUACCAUUUGGCAAGGGACUUGGUUCCUCAUUAGCUUCAUUGCGCGCUUGAUUCAGGGACUCCAUGUGACGACAAUGGAGCUCACGGCAGUGUCGUUCGUGGUUAUUCUUUUUGGGACUGCCUGGUGUUGGAAAGACAAGCCAAGUGAUGUGGGCACGACCAUCACUCUUCACAGCUCUGCCAGUAUGGAGACCAUUAUAUUAAAGGAGGGACGCCAACCAGAUCAGCCAUACUAUCAAACACCUCUGGAGUUCGUUAGCAGAGAUGAAACGGCGCUCAACCUGGCUUGGCAAUAUUAUAACGAAUUAUCACGCAAGAUCCUCUUCUCCCCCUUCUCACGCCGCGUCGAACAUGUGCCAUGGGACAGGAACCCAGGCGACAUAUUCCUCCGAAUGGACUUUGAUUUAGAACUCGUGGGAGUCGCAUUCAUCCUUGUCUUCUGUGUAGUCUUUCUUUCUGCAUGGAACUUUGCAUUUCCUACCACAGUAGAGCGCGACUUUUGGCGCGUGGCUAGUAUUUACAUGCUGGCGUAUGGCUUUGUCGGGUCGCUCUGGAUGGAGUUGUGUAUGUGGAUCUUUAUACCACAGAACCGUCUCACCGAGGGCCUUGAGCCAAGUCUUGUCGAGCAAGAACUAGCCAAGAGGCCUCACCCUGUCCAAGACUGGCAUCAUCGGUUCCAGCAAUGGAAAAAGAGUCGAAAAGGCAAGAAACAGGGAAGCAGAGAUCGGGAUGGCGAUUAUCUGGUGCAGAAACGGCCGGCGCGAGGUGUUGUUGACUUUCUCAAAAGAUCGCACAAUAUUUCACACGGUAAAGAUCCUUAUAUGGGCGUUCAGGUUGGAUUCAUUAUCGUUACAUCUCUCUUGUGCAUUGUUUACUGUGUGCUUCGAGUGUUUAUCUUUGUGGAGGACUUUAUCGGAUUGAGAGCAUUGCCGCCGAGUGCGUAUGAGACGGUCGAGUGGACAAAGUUUAUCCUACAUAUAUAA